UGCACGAACCCACUGUGUGAAUUUAAGACUCGAAUCCAACUUCGCGAGACUAUGAACAAAUCUGCAAACCUGGAUGUAGAACUGCAGCUACUGAAGUCGCAAUGGGAAGAGAAGAGCCCGGACUUGGCCGCAACCACGACUAACAGAUCAAAGGAGCACUAUACGCUCGACCAAUUAACGGUGCUGAACGAUGACAUCGGACAACUAGAACGCGACAUUGAUGAUAUUAAGGACAAGAUCGAGACACUGAAGAAUAAAAGAGGGUUACUUACGGCUAUCCUCAGUGCAAUCGGGAUAGAACCUCAGAACGAUAUAGCUGAUGGCUUCCCCGACUUCGAGACGCACUACAUGUGAUCAUGAGCGCAGUGUUAAGCUUGUUCCGUUGGUUAAGUUGUAUGUUCUUGCUGAGAUUUGACAAACUAACUUUUUCGUGAAUAAUAGUAAAUGGUUGCUUCAACACCC